ACUUCGCUGGGAGAGCGGAGGGUGGGGAUGGACGAGGGGGUGGAGGGAAGCGGCGGCGGCGGCGGCUUCGGGCGGAAGACGCCGGCGGGGGAGGCGGAGCUGAAGGAGAAGUCCGGGACGGCGUGGAGCCACUCUUUCCUGAACCAGAAGCCGUGGCACCCGCUCUCGUACCCGAACCAGCGCCGCAAGUGGAUCGCCGAGCAGAUCCACACCAACCGGGCGCGCCGCCAUGAGGAGGUCCAGCGAGAGUUCGCGCAGGAGCAGGAGUUCUUCCGCCAGACCGCCCUCUUCUCCAAAAAGGACAAGGAGAAGAUGGAAGUAAUGAAAGCUGUCAGCUUCAUGUAUGUCCGCCCACCUGGAUACAAUCCAGAGAGUGCAAAAGCUGCCGAAAUUGAAGAUGCGAAGAAGAAGUUGGAUCAAGCUGAAGGUGCUGUACCUGCAAGUUCUUCUUCGAUGCCUGAGAAGGAACUUGACACGACCCAGUCUGUCUCAGAUAAGAAAAGUAGGCCGAAAGAUGUUUUCGGCCGUUCAUUGCCAACAGAGCAAGAAUUUGAAGUUCUGAAAAAUGCUCCAAGGCUGGACACAGGUGCUCCUGCUAGACCUAAACCAUUUGGAGUUGAAGUUCGUAAUGUUAGAUGUUUAAGAUGUGGAAACUAUGGCCAUCAGAGUGGUGAUCGAGAAUGUCCCAUGAAGGAUGUUAUCAUGCCUAAUGAGGAGAGUCGACUGAAAAGGGAUGAUCCGCUUACAGCAAUAAAGGCACAGACUGAUUCAAGUGAGCCUUUGAAGUGGGAGCUUAAGCAAAAGCCAGGCAUGAGCCCUCCUCGAGGUGGAUAUAACCCAGAUGAUCCUAAUCAGCAAAUUGUAGCAGAAGAUAUAUUUGAUGAAUAUGGAGGAUUUCUUGGCGAUGUUGACAUUCCGGCUCUCCUCACCAACUUUUCUGUAAGUAAAUCGAAGAAACACUCCAGGAGUAAAAGCAGGCGCAAGCAGUCUGAUCCUGCUGCUCAUGCAGAAUGUGGAAGGCAUCAUAGCAGUUAUCAUUUGUCCUCAGAAUCGGCGGAACCUGAGAAGAGGAACAGGACAGUAGGAAGCAAGAGGAAGAAAAAGUAUUGUUCUGAGUCAUCGUAUUCUGAUGAUGAGGUGGUAGUUGGGAAAGGAAAAGCCAAACAAAAGUCAAAUCACAGGCACAAGAAGAAACACCUGCCAGAAUCCUGUUCUGAUUCAGAAGUUGAAGCUGACACCAGGCAUCUGAAGAGAGAACAUAUCAAGAAGAAAAGAGAGGAGCUGGAAAUUGCACUAUCUUCCUUCUCGAGAGACAAAGAAUACAAGUUAAACAAGAGGCAUUCGAGGCGAUCGAGAGAGAAGCAGCACUACAGUGAUUCGAGUUCUUCCGAGAGCGAGUGGCAUUCAAUGCGAUGGCAGGACAAGCAACCCCACAGUGACUCAAGUUCUUCUCAGAGCAAAGGACGUUCAAGGAGAUCGAGGGAAAAGAGACAUCACUAUGAGGCAGAUUCUCCUGAGAGCGAUAGGCCUUCGCGGAAAUCGAAGGAGAAGCGUAGCUAUACUCAUUUGGGCAGACGUGAAACCGACAGGCAUUCAAGGAGAUCGAGGGAGAAACGACACUAUUCUGAUCCAAGUUCUUCUGACUAUUCAGAUUCUGAUAGACGCAACAGUCACCGCCGUCGUCAAAGAAAGUGAGUAGCAGCAUGUAACACUGUAUGUGCCUCUCCGCAGAAGAUAUCAGGUUUGCUGUCUCUGUGAUUGCAUUAGAUAGAUAUACUUGUUUCUUUCUGAAGAUCACCAGGGUUCAAGGUGAGUGUUAUGUCGUUGGAUUCAGCUGCUACCAUGGAUGUUGGCUCUGUGAUGCGAUAAUAAUAACACAUAUCCUGUGUGAUCGAGUUUUGUCAUCUUGGGUAAGAAUUGCUUUACCUUUUGUUGUAAAUCGUAUUGCGUUCUUGUAUCUGUAGACAUUUAGCCCCCUUUUGGAAGUUGGAACCUUUGGCUGUUCUUAUAGGAACUGAACUAUGAAAUUCCUGCUUUUCAGAAA